AUCGGCGCCCUCCGUCGUCUCGUUACGCCUCGCUGCGGGCUCCACCCCGGCAGCUCCCGCCAGCGUGCUUAAGAGUCACUCUGCGCGCAGGGGAAGAUACCUCUGGGCUGACAGCUGUUACGUCCUGGGGUCCCGGACCUACGCCUUCCGCGCCCGGUGGUCUGGACCUCCCCUCUCGGACCCAAGAACCUGGUUCCCUUCUUCCUGGAGCUCCGUUUCCGGCCCCCAGACUCAGGCUCCCGAGUUCUCCGUUCCCAGGACCCAGGCGCCUACUCCAGUUCCCAGCCUCCCGGAUCCAGGCGUCCGGGAUCUGCCCCACCAGGACCUCGCCUCUUGCAGACCGCGGCCGCGUGGGCGACAUCAGCCUUCCGGAGCCAGGAACCCCAGGUCCCAGCUUGAGAAAACUCCUGUGUUCCCACUCCCGGGGCCAAGAAACCCAGGGGCUCCGAACUCUCAGCUUUCGGGCGCCGGACACAACCUGGAAGAGCAGAGGAGCCCCGGCGCCCAGCUUACGGAUCUCAGACACUCCCGCUUUCAAGAGCAAGGAACCCUCAGAGUUCCAACUUCCAGGCUGUUACUCAACUCUCAGUUCUAGGCAACGUCCUAGGAAGGAGCCCCAAGCGCUUCCAGCUUCCAGGCUCUAAGGAACCCCGGGGCGUUCAUCAUGGUGGCCGAUCCCCCUAAGGGAGACUCCAAGUGGCCGGGGGCGGCGGAGCACACUGCUCACGGUGUCCCGGCACUGGUCCCCACCGAGGACCCAGGCGCGGCAGGACGCAGCUCGUGCAACUCCCCGCAAAAGGUGCGCCGCUGCCUUUGCGCCAACCUGUUGGUGCUGCUGACGGUGGCGGCCGUCGUGGCGGGAGUGGCGUUGGGCCUGGGGAUGUCUGGAGCCGGCGGGGCGAAAGCGCUGGGCCACGCGCGUAUGGCGGCCUUUGCCUUCCCCGGUGAGCUGCUGCUGCGCAUGCUGCGGAUGAUCAUCUUGCCGCUGGUGGUGUGCAGCCUGAUUGGCGGCGCCGCCAGCCUGGACCCGAGCGCUCUCGGCCGCCUGGGCGCCUGGGCGAUGCUCUUUUUCCUGGUCACCACACUGAUAGCGUCCGCGAUCGGCGUGGGCUUGGCGCUGGCUUUGCAGCCCGGCGCCGCCAUCGAGGCCUCGGUCAGUGUCACCGGCCCGAAGGAAAACGUCCCCAACAAGGAGGUGCUGGAUUCUUUCCUGGAUCUUGUGAGAAAUAUCUUCCCCUCCAACCUGGUGUCUGCAACCUUCCGCUCAUACACUACCAUCUACAAGGAGAUGGAGCUUCUCAACGGAACCUGGGUGAUGGUGCCUGUGGAGGGUGAGGUGGAGAGCAUGAACAUCCUGGGCCUGGUGGUGUUUGCCAUCGUCUUUGGCUUGGCCCUGCGGAAGCUGGGGCCAGAGGGAGAGCCGCUCAUCCGCUUCUUCAACUCCUUCAACGAUGCCACCAUGGUGCUGGUCUCCUGGAUCAUGUGGUAUGCCCCUUUGGGUAUCUUGUUCCUGGUGGCUGGCAAGAUCAUGGAGAUGGAGAACGUGGGGACCCUCUUCGCCAGUCUCGGCAAAUACAUCCUGUGCUGUCUGCUGGGCCACGCCAUCCACGGGCUCCUGGUGCUGCCCCUCAUCUACUUCCUCAUCACUCGCAAGAACCCCUACCGCUUCCUCUGGGGCAUCUUGACAGCACUGGUCACCGCCUUCGGGACCUCCUCCAGCUCUGCUACAUUACCGCUGAUGAUGAAGUGCGUGGAAGAAAAGAACGGCAUCUCUAAGCACAUCAGCCGCUUCAUCCUGCCCAUCGGUGCCACUGUCAACAUGGAUGGUGCUGCCCUCUUCCAGUGUGUGGCUGCGGUGUUCCUUGCACAGCUCUACAGGGAAUCCUUGGACUUCGUGAAGAUUAUCACGAUCCUGGUCACGGCCACGGCCUCCAGCAUCGGCGCCGCGGGCAUCCCUGCUGGAGGUGUCCUCACGCUGGCCAUCAUUCUCGAGGCCGUCAACCUGCCGGUUGACAUCUCCUUGAUCCUGGCCGUGGACUGGCUAGUGGACCGGUCCUGUACCAUCAUCAAUGUGGAAGGUGACGCCUUCGGGGCGGGACUCCUCCAACAUUAUGUAGAUCGGACAGAGUCUAAGAGCUCAGUGCCUGAGUUGAUCCACGUGAAGAGCGAGACGCCCAUGGACCCGCGGCCAGUCCCCGCUGAGGAGGGGAACCCCCUCCUCAGACGCUGCCCAGGAGCUGCUGUGAAAGCUGACACCUUCGAGAAGGAAUCAGUAAUGUAAGCGCCAGGAGGAUCUUCACUUUGGACAUUAGGAUCACAAGGGAGAGCUAAACAGACAAACCCGGGGCUCUGGGGGCCCUGCCCACACACUCCAGGGAGCCACGGGCCCCAGACUCCCUCCCCAGCCCCAGAUCUUGGAGGCUUCACUGCUGGGAUAUAUGUGUAUGUGGGUGUGAGUGUCCCCAAAUCCCUUGCCCCGACUCCGGGCUAGAUGGAGAAACAGAAAGAUGGAGAAGUAGUACCCUCUAUACCUCAUCCUGGAAGCCUGCCGGCCUCCCGUUUCAGGGCACAGGGCACAGGUCACCGUGUGGAACCCUGCCCUUUUUGAUAGGAAGGAUGUUCUGACAUGUGCUAGCUCCUUUGCAGGUUAUUGGUGGCUGUAGCGUGCGUGUGAGUGUGUGUGUGUGUGUGUGUGUGUGUGUGUGCGCGCGCUGUGACUGCAGUACACCCUCCCCCCGUCCCAGGAACUCUGGGUAGGGGGAGACUGAGAACAAACGCUGCUGUCACUCCAGAGGACAUUUUUUAGCGAUAAAAUUGUCAGGGAUAUUGAAUCAGAUGUUUUUAAGAAUUUGACUAAAAGCACUAGCCACUCAGAAAUAAACCAAAAACAAACAGGAUAAA